AUGACCUAUUCAGUAGUCGAUGUUAUAGUGGGAAUGGUGAGAAUAAUAAGCUUUUUUCUCGAAAAACUUCAAAAUUUAGGCGUCACACCAGUACGAAUCAUCUUUUUCUUUGUUCGUCACCCAUGGACCUCUAUUUGAAGUAACUUACAAAGAAAGGGUCAUUUUUUUGUUUCUUCAGAACCCAGUUCUUGGCGAAAUCGGUGUGAUCAUACGGUGUUCAUUCGUUGGUUUGAGCUACGGUAUUUUCGAAAUACACUUCAUUUAUCGCUACAUAGUUUUGUGCAGGUUUUAAUUAAAUUUUUCGAACGUAUUUUUUUGAAAAACGUCUAUUCCAGACCAGAACUCACUCGAUGGUUCACUCGACCCCUCUACAUCUUUGGAUUGUUCCUUUUUUGGCUUACUUUUGGGAUAUAUUGGGUGAUCGGCUGCUCUUUAGCUCAUUUCAAUGAAGAAGACCGAAAAUUUCUUCGUGAAACUUUUCUUCUUAAUUAUAACGUUGAAAUUAAUGAUGUUGGUCUUAUUGGGGUUCGAUACAAAGUGAGUUUUUUUUUUUGAUCAGGGCAGGAAGUGUGAAUCAAAGACGCAAUUCCAGGCCACUAACCCGACAACUAUUCUGAGAACGCGCAUAGCAAUGUCAAUGGCAAUCUUAAUAUCUGUAUCCGUCAUCGUAUCGUACUGCGUCAUCGGUUACAAGGUACGAAAGUGAAUUUGUAAAUUUACAAGGAUAAGACUGGAAGUCAUAAAUUUGUCUGUUUUUUAUGGUCUUAUUUUCAGAUAGACAAUAGUCUGAGAAACUCCACAAUAAGUGCGGCUGCGAAAAGAGUCCAUCGUCAGUUAUUCCUGGCUUUAAUUGCGCAAACGGCAAUCCCACUUUUGGUCAGCUUCUUACCGAGUAUUUUCAUAUGGUACACACCUUUAUUCGGGGUGAAUUUGGGCAGGUAAGUAUUAACAAAAAAAAAACUUCUACAAAUCGCUAAGGUGUAUAGUAAGGUAAGGACUUAGGGUUUCUCGAGAUGUGCUUUUUCUUGAAAUCGUGACGAGAUCGAGGAGAAACAAAACUUCAAAAAUGUUCGCUUUCGACUUAGCUGAAAAAUAGCUAAUUUGACUUGAAAAUCGACCUUUUCCUCUAGAUAACAAGUAUUUGGCCUGGUGAGAUCGAGACAUUUCAACGUUGCCUCGAGACAAGUCACGAACAAUCUUGCUUUGGAUCCAAGUCUUUGAACGUCUUCCGCUUUUUGGGUUUGGUCGAGUUAGGAGGGCUCAAAGAAGUGAAAAUUCAAAAAAAUGGUAACUUAAAGGCGAUGUAACAUGAAUAAAUAGCAGGAUACUAAUUUUUAAAAUUACAAAUUGAUUAAAAUUUGACAGCUUCAACAACAACUACACGAUUCCGAUGUUCAGCGCAUUCCCAUUUUGUGAUCCUAUCGCAAUAAUCGCUAUAUUCUCUGAGUACCGAGCUUAUGUCUUGGAUAUCCUCGGAGUCAAGACUGUAGUGAGAAACUUGCGAUAUUCAUCUUUUCGACCUCCCUCUUCGCUACAAACAGAGCCACAAAGACGAACACUUGAUAUCAAGAAAGCGAUCUGCAGUAUUUUCAGUUGUAGCUGACGUUUCAUUUGAUAUUUCAAUGAGCGUUUUUUUCUUAUAUAAAAAAGGAAGGUCCGCAAAUAUGAAUUCUCGAGUGUUUAAAAAUCGCAAAAGUUCAAACCAAAAACGGCUUCGUUCCUUGACUUCCUCAAUAAGAUUUCCAAUGCUCCUCUACAGAGUGCGAGAACAAAAUGUGUUGAAUCAUUCAUCCUCGGAGUCAAGACUGUAAAAAUAAUGAGCCAUUUUAAAUGAAUUUCCUUUCAACAUGUUUAUUAUCUCAUUUCUACACCCAUAGUGGUCGGUCUUCGUUUCUGCUCUCGCCUGAGAUUUAAUCCGACGCCCGCCAGCCUUGGACAAGCUGGGCGCCGUACUGUUCCUACAUGGAGAAGCAGGGAUCGUAAAAGUUACUAUCCGAAAAAUGACGAGAUGAUCUACGAGCCAUUCUUGGUCAAGGCGAUCCCGCAAACCGACGAUCAACUCUUCUUUCAUUCCAUGACUCAGCAGGGAAUUUCCUUUGAAGACUGA